UUCGGCGCCGUUCGCAACACCUUGGCGCAUUUUACGUCGAGAUCUUAAAUUGAAAACGCACAAAACACAGCUUCUGCAAAAGCUUCCCAAGCUUCGCUUCGCUUAAUGAGCUGUUAAAAAGUUCCAAGAAGGUCCGACGUUUUUGAGCCAAAUUGUGUUCCGCGAUGAGAACCAUUUCCGUCUCAAUUCAACAAACAAAAUUGCCGCAUUUGGGACAAUCCGACUUCGAUUCAGGUCAUGGAACAAAACAUCAAGCAUGUCAUUCACCAGUUACCAGCCGAAAUACUCAAACGAGUCAUCAAAAUUGUACUCAGCCAAUGGACCAUCUCAGACAUAGCCAUGACCAACAUUUCAAAGAGAUAUUCUUCAAAAAUAAAUCCACAGAAUAGUCUUUCGAAUGAAAAUAAACAUUCCCUUUUAAAUUUUAAGUUUAGGGAACCUCGAAAUGGAUCACACUUUAUAAUAAAAAAAGCUUCUGUCACCUACUGUUUGGCGCUCUACCUUGUUUAUACCCUAAAAUAUAUUUCUAAAUGACUUUACUUUGAGUAUUUUCUUUUAUUUACUUAUUUAUUUUCUUCAGAUUGAAUAUUUCUUUGCGUGAUUAUUUGUUGAAGACUUUUGUGAUUUAAAAUUUCAUUGUGCACCGCCGAACGGAAGAUAAUUGCAACUUUACAGCUAACUGUUGACGACUGAAGCACCAUGACUAUGAAUAAGUUGGACGCCACGUUGGAUGACGUGCAGAACACGCGUUUCGGGAAUAUCUAUCACGAUCUGAUCAAGCAAAUGGCGAAGACGACGCAGUUCACAGAGGGUGAAGUGAGCAGCAUUUUAAUGGUUUAUCACAAAUUCGUUUUGGCCAACGGUUCCAAGGCGAAGCAUAUGACAAAAAAACAGUUUUUCCACCUAUUCCUGGUGUUGUUCAAAAUCUUCGAUUUGCAAAUAAUUGAACGCAUACUCUUACACAUAACUUUGGAUAUGAAAAAGGAGGUAGACGCUGUUGCUUGGGUGCGCCUUUUCUCCGUCUUUAUGACCAACAAAUUGGAUCAGAAGAUCAAAUUCACUUUCCAAAUUUACAAUAUUCAUGGUAACGGGUUUUUGAAUCGUGAAAUUGUGCAACAUGCUGUCGAAAAAUUUUUCGUCGGUGAAGACGAGGAUGAAGUGAACGAAUUGCGGUCGGAUAUGGUGGAUUUGUUGUUCAAGAAAUUCGAUGUCGACAAGGAUGGUGUGAUAUCGUUUGAUGACUACUCGCAGGUUGUCAUGAAACAACCGAUGUUGCUGGAGUUUCUGGGACAAUGCUUUCCGUCAAUAAUUGGCACAACAGUGAUUGCUCUCUGUGCAAACAUAAUGUCCAAGGUGAACUUUGAUAAACCGUGUUCAUAACUCACUCGUGAUAUAUAUAGAUUUCAUAUUCCAUAUGUAUACAUAACUUGUUUCUUUUUUUCUUCUACAUAAAUUACUGUGUUUUAUGUUUGAAAAUUAUUUAUAUAUUUAUUUUAACAUU